UUGCCGAUCUCCCCGAGCGGCGCCGUCCUCACCGAGAUCCCGGGCGGCGCCGCCACCUCCCGUGCAGCCACCCGACGAGGCCGCUCCCCCACCGUGCCCGGACGCCCCUGACGCUGGCCCUGACUCUUGGGGUCCUUAUCCGCGGUGCCGGUAGCAGCCACCCCCGCGGCGAGAGAGAGGAGACGACGUAGCGUCACCGGUGGUGGCCAGCGGAGGUCCGGCACUGCGCGGUCCUCCGUAGCUCCUCGUCUCACCUCCACAGCUCCGGCACUGCGCGAUUCGCUGGUGUGUUUGCCGUCCUGGCUUCUCCCUCUUCUUCCUCCUGCAGCUGCUGCUUCUUGAGCCCGCGCGCCUCCUCCGGCGGGCGUCCUGCCGCACCUCGACCCUCAGACCUCUUCGGCUCUCUGCUCUCUGCAGGCGGCAUCGGCAUCCCCAUCCGUCCUUCUCCUGCAGGUAGCUGCGCUCCCUCUUCUCGGCAGACUCGUCACGAGCAGCGACGAGGUGCCGCUGCCAUCCCUUGAGUUGACCCCGGCAUAAUGUUUCGUCUCUAGCUCUCUCGCAGGGGACCCGUCGAGUUGUUGUCAUCUCUCUAGCAUAGUCAGCUUUGUCAGAGUUUCCUCAUGAGGCGUCGUAAAACCUUUGUCCCUCCGUUGUUGCCUAAUCGUCAACCCAAGAGCAGCCUCAAGUGCCUCUCUGAAACAGCUGCGCGCCGGCGUGAGGAGUUGGUGAACAUAGUCAAGGAAGGGGAGAUUGGCAGCAGUGCACCACCAAUGGGGUUGUUUUCUGGUCCAGCCCCCUCGUCGAGUGGAAGUCCAAGCUUGCCAACUGCUGUUUUAGUUCCCACCGUGCAUACAAGGGCCAUUCAAGGAUUGCUAAAUUCUCAAGGAGGGCAAACUAGCAAGAAAAGAAAGUCUCCUCACGUGAUCAGGCCAUUGUUCAUAUCUCCAAGGAUAAAGUCUUCUUCUGCGCAACAUAGGACAUCACCAUUGGCUUCCACGACCGAGAUAAGCAAUCAUGGUCAAAGAGUGGAAGCAGAACAAGAUUCUCAGCAAGGAGAGCAAAUGAGCAGGAUAAGAAAGUCCCCUCAUGUGACCAUGCCACUAUUCAUAUCUCCAUUAAGCAGAGUAAUGUUGUCGCCAAGGACGAGAUCCCCUUCCCUGCAGCAUGGAACAUCUCCAUUACCUUCCACAACUAAUCCAAGCAAUCCAAGUCAAAGAGCACUGCUUAAUAUUGAUUUAAAUGAUGAGGUUGUUCAAGGAAAUGCACAUAGGCAUCAAGAAGUUAGUUCCGAGAAAGGAAGGUUAAUAUUUGAUUCAUUGUUGGGGAUGGCUAAAAAAGGUGAUUUGGUAGGCCAUGAGACAGCUGAGGUCGCUGCAUUAUACUCUGUAAGUGUGCGAACAGUGCAAAGAAUCUGGCGGAGAGGAAAAGCUUGCUUGGAUCAGGGUCGCCCCGUAGAUGUUUCAAAUCGGAAGAAGAAUAGGUGCGGACGCAAGAAGCAAGAGUGUGAUGUAUCAGCACUUAGCAGCGUUCCCAUCUCAGAACGUGCCACAAUGGGAGAUGCGGCUCGUCACCUACACAUAAGUAUAACCAAGUUCCACCGGAUGAAAAAAGCAGGUGAAAUAAAGCGUGUCUCAAACACCUUGAAGCCUUUCUUGACAGAUGAGAACAAAAACGCUCGGCUCAGUUGGUGCCUACGUAUGCUUGACGCAACAAGCAUACCACACGAUCCUAUGUUCCAGGGGCUAUUCAAUUAUGUUUAUAUUGAUGAGAAAUGGUUUAACAUCACAAAGAGCACUCUAAGGUACUAUGGUCCCCCUGGUGAGCACCAUCCAUUACGGACAAGCAAACAUAAGAAUCAUAUUCCUAGAGUUAUGUUUUUGACUGCUAUAGCUCGACCAAGGUUCGACUCCAAUGGGAAUUGCACUUUUGAUGGCAAAAUCGGUUGCUUCCCAUUAGUGAAAUAUGUUGCAGCCCAAAGAUCUAGUGUCAACCGACCAGCAGGUACAAUUGAGAUGAAGCCAAUUGACUCGGUCGACAAGGACGUGAUGAGAGAGUUUAUGAUCGAAAAGGUUAUACCGGCUAUUCAUGACAAAUGGCCGCGAGAGGAUUUGGGAAAGAUCAUAUACAUUCAGCAAGACAACGCUAAACCUCAUAUCUCUCCAAGCGAUAGACUUUUUUGUGAGGCGGCUCAACAAGGGGGAUUUGAUAUUAGGAUUAUAUGUCAGCCAGCAAACUCCCCGGACAUGAACAUAUUGGAUUUAGGCUUUUUCAACGCUAUUCAGUCACUACAACACAAAUCUGCAUGCAGAACCACACAAGAAUUGGUAGCCGCUGUGGAUAAGGCGUUUAAGGAUUAUCCGGUGUGUCAGGCAAAUCGAAUUUUUUUGACCCUUCAUAGUUGCUUGAGGGAAAUAAUGAGAAUAGGAGGUGCAAACGGUUAUGAUAUUCCACAUAUAAGAAAGUUAAUGCUUGAGAGGCAAGGUUGCCUUCCUUUGCAGCUGAAAUGUGACGCCACACUGGUUAACGAAGUUAUGGCGCAGGUUUCAGGAGGGAGAGAGUGAUUGAGCUGCUGUUCACCAAGUUGCUGCAGUUGAGUGAAGUCGUCAUCAGCCUAAUUGACAUUAAGACAAUGUAGUUUAGAUUGAAUUUUUCUAGUAGUGCAUCAUCCAUGUAAACGUUUCCUGUACUUUUCUUAGUGCAUAGAGUACUCUGUGUGGAGCAAUCUUUUAAUUUAUUUUGGUCCUGUGAUGAUGUUUA